AUGAGUCUCAUUGGGCGAGGAAACACCGCUCUUAACACCAAUCCUGUCACAGGUGUUGAUGAAGCUCUCUCUGUGCACGGGUCCGAUUGGCUUUGGGCUGUCACGGCUAUCUACGUUCUGUCAUUCAUCGUGCUCCUAGUACUCUCCUUUGCAGCAAAGGAAAGCGAAAGGGUCUUCCACUACCUCUUCACCUUCGCCCUCUUGGUCGGUGGCAUAACCUACUACGCCCAAGCUUCCAACCUUGGCUGGAGUGCCGUUGAUCAAAUCGACAAUCUCGGCAAUGGAGUCGUCCGCCAGAUGUUCUACGCCAAAUAUAUAAACUGGGUCGUUGCUUUCCCUUCCCUGGUACUUGGACUUGGACUGAUAUCAGGCGUUUCCUGGACUACUAUCGUCUGCAACAUCGCAAUCGCCUGGUAUUGGGUUAUAAGCUACCUCGUGUCAGCCUACACCACUACGGGCUAUAAAUGGGGGUUCUUUGCCUUUGGAACGUUUGGCUGGGUCAUCCUCGCCAUGAGCACUAUCAACGAGAGUCGUGAAGCUGUUGCCUUGCUUGGUGUUGAACGGGACUAUCUUGUUCUUGCUGUGUGGCUGAAUCUUUUAUGGGUGCUAUAUCCCAUCGCCUUUGGCCUGACUGACGGCGGUAAUGUGAUCGGUGUUACCGGAAGUUUUAUCUUCUUUGGUGUACUCGACGUCCUGAUGGUACCAGUUUUGAGCUUUGCUGUGUUGUUCUUCGCCCGUAACUGGGACUACCGCAAGUUGAACAUCGCUUUCAGUGAUAGUCGCCCCAGCCGAGAGAGUGUGGAUGUGUGUAAGGAAGCUCCUACCGCUUCUGCUGAUGUGUCUAUGGCUUCCUAG